GCCACAGCCUCUGCAGCCGCCGCGAUUCAGUCAGGAGUGCGCGGGCGACGCCAGACCCAGACCCGGAGCUAGAGCCGCCUACCUGCAGCAGCGGUCGCCCACGGCCCGGCAGCACCAUGGCUCUUCUGCUGCGCGUCGUGCUCCUGUGCGGAGUCGCCGAUGUGACCAGAAGUUUGAGUAUCACUCCUCCCGAUCAGAUGAUGAUUGAAAAAGCCAAAGGGGAAACUGCCUAUCUUCCAUGCAAAUUCACUAUUGGUCCUGACGACCAGGGACCACUGGACAUUGAAUGGCUGCUAUCGCCCCCUGACAAUCAGCAGCUGGAUCAAGUGAUUAUUUUAUAUUCUGGAGACAAAAUUUAUGAUAACUACUAUGAAGCUCUGAAAGGACGAGUACAUUUUACGAGUAAUGAUCUCAAAUCUGGUGAUGCAUCAAUAAAUGUAACAAAUUUACAGUUAUCGGAUAUUGGCACAUACCAAUGCAAAGUGAAAAAAGCUCCUGGUGUUGCAAAUAAGAAAGUUUUGCUGACAGUUCUUGUUAAGCCAUCAGGUACAAGAUGUUUCGUUGAUGGAUCAGAAGAAAUUGGAAAUGACUUUAAACUAAAAUGUGAACCAAAAGAAGGUUCACUUCCAUUACGAUAUGAAUGGCAAAAGUUGUCUGACUCCCAGAAAAUGCCUACCCUAUGGUUAGCAGAAAUGACUUCACCUGUUAUAACUGUAAGGAAUGCCACUUCUGAUUACUCUGGAACAUACAGCUGUACUGUGCAAAACAGAGUGGGCUCUGAUCAGUGUAUGCUGCGUCUAGAUGUUGUUCCUCCUUCAAAUAGAGCUGGAACAAUUGCAGGAGCUAUUAUAGGAACUUUACUUGCUCUUGUGAUCAUUGGUCUUAUCAUCUUUUGCUGCCAUAAAAAGCGCAGAGAAGAAAAAUAUGAAAAGGAAGUUCACCAUGAUAUAAGAGAAGAUGUUCCUCCUCCAAAGAGCCGGACAUCCACUGCCAGAAGCUACAUUGGCAGUAAUCAUUCAUCCCUGGGAUCCAUGUCUCCUUCCAACAUGGAAGGAUAUUCUAAGACUCAGUAUAACCAAGUACCAAGUGAAGAUUUUGAACGUGCUCCUCAGAGUCCAACUCUCCCAUCCGCUAAGGUAGCUGCCCCUAAUCUAAGCCGAAUGGGAGCGGUUCCUGUGAUGAUUCCAGCCCAGAGCAAGGAUGGGUCUAUAGUAUAGAGCCUCUGUACUUUUCUUUGCUCUUUGCGUUUCUUUUCUUCUUUUGAUGUAUGAAAAUCUGUUCAAGUUUAAAUCUUGUUAAUAGCUUCAGAGUAUAUGAAAAGUUAUCCAGCAGCUGUUAAAAAUUGUGCUUCACAAAGUUUUAUUUGGUUGUCUUGAAACAGUAAAGACAUUGAAGAUAGUAAAGACGUUAACCAUCUUUAAGAGGCUGAUUUUAAAGACAACUGUUAAUUUACCUGAGUAAGAUGUAGCACUUUGUAUAUGGAAUCAUAGGUGAAGACCUCUAUGAAUUUACACACAUACCACGUUGGUUACUUGAAUCAUCUGAAAGUGGUACUUUAUAAUUUCUACCAUUAUUUUUAAUAUGUUUGUCUCAUUUAUUUAUGCUCCAACAGUGUCCCCAAGAUGAGUAAAGAAACAUAACUGGCAAAAAUACUUAAGUAUAUUUGUACUUGUUUAUACAGCUUCUUUGAAAACUCUAAAUGUGUUUGGAACAUCUCUAAUAACAAAACAUUAUAAUGUUUUAGAAAUGACUAGUUUUACUUCCAAGUCAUUCAUAAACUAUGAAAUGAUUUCUUGAGAAUUGAAUUUUUUUAAACACCAAAGGGACAUAGUAAGUUUUCAUAUGCUGAAUUGAAGGACCAUCUGUUAGAUUCAGUUAGAACAUUUGCACCAGCUGUAUAUAUAGAUGGCACCAUUGGUGCAGUAUUGGGAUAGGUUUAUUGGAUAGUGAUCUGGUGCCUUGAGGCCUGUGGUGGUCUGUGGAAGAGGGGCCAGCUAGAUCCCAGAUGUAGCAUUUACAGUUCUCAACCAAACACUUCAGGCUCUCACCUGAGGUUGUAUGUAUCUAAAAAGAAAAUGUUAUAUUUCAGUUGUUAUCUGAUAAUUAUAGAUGAAAAAUUCCUAAUUAUUGAUUCUAAAUUUUAAGUGUGAGUUUUUAAGCCCUGGUUCAGGUUUUUUUUUUUUGGAUGAUGGUAACACAUAUUUUAUGUUUUCAAAAUAUGUAAUCCUACACUUAUCCUCUUGAAUGUAGUUUCUGGAGAAUGUUUUUAUCGUAGACUCAGUGAUCAAAUGCAUUUUACACAAGUAAAUGUCCUCCAUCAGUUCUGUACUCCAGACUUGGGAGGAUGUACAGUCGCUGUUGUGUGGCCAAGCGUGUCUUUGUAUAGUUCCAGCCUGAUUUGGUUGAGCUUUUAAAAAGUUUGAGUCUUAGUUUUGUGAAAGUGAUUUAUUCUUUAAAAAAAAGAAAGAAAAAGGGGUGAAGAAAAUAACUCCUACCUGCCAAAUGUGUUACAAAUAUUGUUUUAGUAGAAGAAAGUGAAUUUAUUGUAUUUCCCUUAAGAUUAUGAGGGAGUGUGGAUAUGGUAGAAUGAGCCAACAGUUUCUUUAUAGCAAAUAAGGUCUGUAAUAAAUUAUUGGAUUAGCUCUAAGACCAUUUCCCUAGAUUUUUGUAGGGAAUUGGUUUCUGUUAUCUCUGGGUGCUGUGGUGGUAAAUGCUGCAUUGUUAAUUAAUGUUGGUAUGUAUUGACGAUUAGGCAGAGUGUUGUAUACAUUUUUAAAAGGUAAAUCUAAGCUGAAUGUGUAAUGAAUUAAUGUACAGUUUUACAUAUUAGGAAGCAUUUUUUAAGUAGGUUUUUAACCUUAUGUAAAAUUACUUUUUAUACUUGUGUUAACAUUUUCAUCUGUGCCUUUUUUGAUAGUUUAAUUUCUGUUAUGACUUUCUGGUGCCUAUGAGCUAGCUAUCACCUACUGGAAAGGUGCUUAGAGGUGAAGGUACUGUUUUUAAAAACACAUCACUGUGACAUCCUCUAUUCUCAUACUUUCAAUCUUGCCUCUUCCUUUUUUAUGUAACUUAAAUGACAGUUGUUCAUAAGAGUUUAAAUACUUUAAUGUCCCCAACACUCUGUUUCUAAUUUUAUAACAGUAACUAUUUUUGAACACUAGACGUUGGCCUAUUUUUAAGAUAUUACAAGAAUAAAGUAGAACACAAACUUCAAAUAGCAAAACUGUUUUAGUCUGUCCUAUUACUGAUUUUGUUAUUGAUCCAAGUAGAAAUGACUAUGGGAAAUGAAUAUAUGUAAGAUUUUGCGUUCCUUAGACUUCAUAUUUAUCUAAGGUUCAGCUAUAAAUCAGUCUGUUUCAGAAAGUAUUUCAGUUCAUAUCCAUAAUCAACUAUAAUCUGAAAAUCAAGCUUUUCAGAAAUGACUUGGGUAACCUGAUUUGGUGUGAUUGAUAUUAGAGGACAUAGUUUAGUUUUAGGCUUGUCUCCAGUUACUCUUACUGUAAAUUUCACUUAAUACAAAGGUCAUUUAAUAUAAAUAAUUCCCCAAAUCUCACUGCUAAUUUUAGGUGAACCAGAGAUUAAAUAUUUAUUGUAGAAUUACUGCAAAUGAUUAAGUAGUUAACAAAAACUUAUUAGAGCAUCUCAGUGAGAGAGCCAGUAAUAACAGUCAGGGGUAGUACUUCAUCUUCAAACCAAAACCAUUUGAUUCUAUUAUACAUCUGAGAAAUUUGGUAUCAUCAUUUAAAUUUACAUAGGAUAAUUUGAAGAGAAGUGAUACUGUGAAUUACAUAUCUUGUGCUUUGAGUUUGAAGUAGUUUACAGGAAUUUUUCUUACUGCUUUUCUUAAUGUUUUCCUGUUAGAAAGCUCUCCUACCAAAGUCUCUUGCUGAAUACACUGAUCAGUUUUUCUGGACAAAUUAUUCCCUUUGAGUUUGAACUAUUUGCCAAGGAUUUAUUACAUUGGGAAUAUAUCCUGAGUGUGUCUUAGGGCAAAGUUAAUUUAAAAAAACCCAAGUCAUCAUACAUAGAAAUUAUGGAUGUAAAGAAAUACUUGGUUUCUAUUAAAAAGAUAAGAGGGCCAGGGAUUUAGCUUAGUGGUUCCACCGCCUGCCUUGCAAGCGCAAGGACCCGAGUUCGAUCCCCAAUACCCAAAAAACAAAAACAAAAGAUAAGAAAUUUAUAAUUAAGUCAUGGAAAUUUGGAGUGAGUAAAAGGUCAAGUAAGCCUGUUGAUUAAAUAUAAGAAUUCAUUACCCACGAAGUUGGCUACCAAAUUCUAUAAUAUAUGGCUUGUAAAAAUAACUAUUUUUGGUCUGUUUUUGUGUGCAUGCAGCAUGUAAAUUUGAAGUUAUGUGCAUGUUUAUAGUUUUCUAAUUUGCAUUUCAACAGUGUUUAGGGUUUGGAUGGCUUAUUCCAGUAUGAACUGAAAAAGUCCUUAUUUUAUGUGUUUGAUUCUUGAUGCCUUGUAUGGAGUAGUUUGUAGAAAAUGUUGGCACAAUUUGAACUUUUCAAUGGCUUGUGACAUUUUAUAUAUGUAUGUAUAUAUAUAUGUAUGUAUAUAUAUAUAUAUAUAUAUAUAUAUAUAUAUAUAUGUAUGUACAUAUAUCUUUAUGAUGUUCCUGUGUUUAGUAAUGUAAACAUUCUGGGCAAGUUUUAAUAUUUCAAAUGCCUUUGGGUAGUCCAGCAAUAAAGGCAACAUGUUCUUCAAUAGAAUUUCUUGUUUGCCUACUUUGACACUAAAAUAGUACAUAAGUGACCACAAACUCCUUAUAUAAAUGUUACAGAGCAGCAGAGAAUAAUAAAUUUGUGAAUUGUAGGGUUUUUUUGGGGGGGCCGAUCAUUUACCUUAUGGAUAGUAACACUUGCCUCUUAAAGUCAAGUUUUAUAUUAAUAUCCCAUUUUAUAAUUUAAGAAUAUAGUGAAUAUCAGUUGGAUUUCGUACUGACCACAGACACUAAUAUUUCCAUCAAAGAAGUGCUUUGUAUUCUCUGCUAUCUUGUUUAAUUAUGCAGGUAUUAAAAACUACAAUUCACUCAUCGACUCAUUUUUAUCCCUGUGAAUUUUAGUGAUAAAUACACUUGUAUCAGUGAGAAAAAUAUUUUGACACUUCACAUUUGCAAAAUAGAAUAUUGACAGUGUCAGUUUCAGAUUUUGUAUUUAAAAUUUCUGACUUACAUAUACAAUGGUGUGGAUUUUGAAAUUUGUAAGAACAAAUUUGUUUAAAAAAAACAAAAACUUGCUCUUAGUUUUGUGACCUUGUGUACUUUUGAAAUAAAAUCAAGAGGUUCUCUGC